GCUGGAAUCCCCCCCACCAUCUCCUGGCAGCUCUAACCGGAUGGUUCGCAGCAGUCGCCGGAGCUAACCGCCUCCUUCGCGGUGUCCAGACGUUCCCAGCAGCCGGGGCUCCUCCACUCUGGCGGUGCAAAGAGGAUGACGAGGAGCGGGCUGACGGCUGUGUCCUUCUCCGCUGAACAGUAGGCGGUUGUCGGCGCAGGUUUGUUCCCUGAGCGGAGGUGAGCGGAAUUUGUCGAGUCGAGCUAGCUUCCAGCGCUCAGUCCCAGUCCAGUUCUUCCACCAUGAGCGCCAUGCGAGUGGACGCCAAAGUGGUGAUGCUGGGGAAGGAGAGCGUGGGGAAGACGAGCCUGGUGGAGCGAUACGUCCACCAUCGGUUUCUGGUCGGCCCCUACCAGAAUACAAUCGGCGCAGCUUUUGUUGCCAAACCGAUCCAGGUGGGAGAGAAAGUGAUAACUCUGGGAAUCUGGGAUACAGCUGGAUCCGAGCGGUACGAAGCCAUGAGCCGAAUCUACUACAGAGGAGCUCGAGCUGCCAUCGUCUGCUACGAUCUGACCGACAGCAGCAGCUUCCAGAGAGCCAAGUUCUGGGUGAAAGARCUGCAAAACUGCGAGGAGCACUGUAAGAUCUACCUGUGUGCCACGAAGAACGAUCUGAUCGAAGGAAACCGAAGUCUGCGUCAGAUCGACUACCACGACGCGCAGGAUUUUGCUGAAGAGAUUGGCGCGCAGCAUUUUGAGACCUCCAGUAAAACAGGAAACAAUGUUGACGAGCUGUUCCACAAAGUUGCUGAGGAUUACAACGACAGCUCCUUCCAGUACAUGACAGAGGAACCGGGCGUGGACUUGGGCCAGAAGAAAGACUCGAUCUUUUACAGCUGCUGCCACAACAACUGACUCUGAGCAGCAGGAAGAGUGACAGACUUGUCCUGGAGUCAAAGCUGGGACGUGCUGGGAUGAUUCUAAAUCCAAAUAAGAGGAGCUGUUUGUAACUCCAUGUUUAUUUAUUUAGUGCCAUAAAGAGCUGAAGGGUUUUUACAGAGGAAGGCUGCUCUGAAACUGAGGCGUCCAGGAGUUUAAAGACCCUUUGUGUUGUAUCUCCGCGUGAAACGAUCCAUUUGUCUGUAGCUCACUCCAGCGCUACAGAUCUGAACCAUGAGAGGCUGGGGUUAGAAUCAUCACCGAUGAAGGCGGUGAAAACUGUGCUGGUUCAGAGUUUCAGGACGACGAGUCGUGUUUACAGCAGUUUGUUUUAUUUACCUCCAGUCGUGCAAACRGUCUUCAUCAGUGUUCAAAGUGAGGAUCUAAUUUUUACUCAAACCACUUUCACAUCUGGUGUAACACACGACACAAUCUUCAGACUCGUUUGAAUCGACAGCACGGCUGGAAGGAUUGUGUUGACGUUCUAUUUUUGUUUUUGUUUUUUUGCCCAUGUGACACUUUAGGAUGUAUUAUAAAGCUGAUAAACAGCUCAGCUCAAUGGUCACAGAUGUUGCUACAGCGUUUCUGUGGAAAACUGCGAGGGUGAAUACAGACGCAGGAAAUGUGUUGGUACCAUUUCACAAGAAUAAAACAAAACAAAACAGA